AUCAGUAGAAUAAGAUUAUACUAAUCAUGAGGUUCUUAAUGCUGCCUUUGAUCUGCGCCGCCGCCGUUGCGGCCGCCACCAGCACCACCCUUGCUCAGAACUCGCCGCAGGACUUCAUAGACGCCCACGACUCGGCGCGCUCUGCGGUGGGGGUGGGGCCGGUGUCGUGGGACGACACGGUGGCGGCGUACGCGCAGAGCUACGCGGAGCAGCGGAUCGGCGACUGCCAGCUGGUGCACUCCGGCGGGCCCUACGGCGAGAACCUCUUCUGGGGGUCGGGCACUAACUGGACGGCGGCGGAUGCUGUGGGCUUGUGGGUGGGCGAGCAGCAGUACUACGACUACGACAGCAACAGCUGCGCCGCCGGGCAGGUGUGCGGGCACUACACUCAGGUGGUGUGGCAGUCGUCGACGGCGAUCGGGUGCGCGCGCGUGACCUGCAACAGCGGAGCCAUCUUCAUCAUCUGCGACUACAAUCCCCCCGGCAACAUCGUCGGCCAAAGACCGUAUGAUCCCCCCGGUAACGUCGGCGACCUUAGGCCUACCUCAUUAACGAUUAAAAUAAUAAUUAAGAACAAUAAUAAUUACGAGAUUUAUCCAAAUAAACCCAAGGAGUAAGGUUUAAUAAUAUUUUCAAAAUGCCUCAUACGAUUUUUUUAUUAUAAAAGACCAUCUAAUAAUUCAAUUUUAGUGUUAAAAUGCAUAUAGCAAUGCAUACGCAACCUCUUGCAUAGAAAUGGGGACAGGAGGAAUCAAACAUAUGAACUAGUCAAGAAGAAAAACGUCAUAUCGACUACAUGUGAAGCCAUCUAAAGAUUAAUGAUCUAGUUUAAUUUAUUUGGUUUCAAAAAAGAGUGCAUUCAAUAUAGGUUUUAAAUAUUUUUUUAAAAUUAAUUUUUUAUAUAAAAAAUUAUUUUAAAAAUAAUAUAUAGAAAUUAAUUUAUCAUAUUAUAAAACUUUGAUAUGAAUAUUAUAAACUUUCAGUUGUUCAAAAUAAAGUUUUACGACAAAUAUAAAUUUCAUUAUGAAAAGGGUAAAUUUUAUGGGCUUUGAAUUAGAAUUAACCCAAUUGAAAUCAAGCUGAAGUUUUAUUAUUAUUUGUUAACUCUGACUCAAUUGAAUUAAUAUGAUAGGACAUAUUUUUAACAGUAGAAUAAUAUAUUUUUUAGAUUGGUGUUUCAGCUUUUCGUUCACUCAUCCAAACUUGACUGUUUUCACCAAUUAAUAUUAUAUUAUAAAACUAUUUUAAUAUUCAAGAUUAAUUUUAAAAUUUUUAAAGCAUUAUUAAAUAAAAUUUUAUAAUGCACUAAUUAAUUUUUAUUUUUUAAAAUAAAUAUUGUUAAUUGCAUCUUUAUCCCCUAAUAUAUUUGUAAAGCCAGUAAUUACAAGAUUUAGUGGGCUAAGUUACAACAUUUAAUCUACUUCUUAACGCUAUCGUCCGGGCCAGCCCGGCCCGGCCCGGCCUGCUCGUUCCCACCAUUCUCUCCUAGUUGUCAUCGUUCUCCGCGUGAUCAGCUCUCUCUGGACCGAGGGUACGUAGAUCCUCUGGAUCACAAAAGUACGAUCCAGAGGAUGGACCAUUCCAUUUAUUGGUGAGAUAUACAUGUGGAAUUUAUAGGAUCCCGCCAAUCAACGACUCCUUUUUCAGGAGCAGUGGUAGGGGUCCAGAGGAUCCCGUCCCCUCUGGACCCCGAUUCUCCUUUCAACCCGUUCAAGCAAGUGAGCUUUCCCUUUCACUAUCUUGCGAUCUGAGCUCUGUGAUAUGAUUCUUUCUCUUUA